AGUUCCUCGAUGGAAAUGGUGUUAAAAGCUGCCCACAGCACUAUGGAAGCAUCCGGACAAAAUAGUCAUCCACUGAGACCCUUGGGGGACUGUUGGGCAAAGUGACAGAAAUGAAGAGCCUCAACCAUCGUGGCACCAUGGCGGCGGCUGAGUCCGACAAGGACUCUGGAUAUUCAGAUGGAAGUUCAGAGUGCCCGAGUGCUAUGGAGCAGACUGACUCGGAGGACGUGCUGAAUGCGCUGUGCUGGAGUGCAGAGGAUGGACCUUGGCAAUGCCCAAUGACCACAAGCAGCUCCUUUCCUGCACUUUCUCCUAUGGUUGUAAUGAAAAAUGUGUUAGUUAAGCAGGGGAGUUCAUCACAACUCCAGUCUUGGACUGUGCAGCCAUCCUUUGAAGUGAUUCCAGCUCAGCCACAGCUAGUGUUUCUUCGUCCAUCAAUCCCACCUCCCAUUAAUCCUCACCCUGUUGGGAAAAAGAGAAACGACUCCACUAAUUACCUGCCUAUCCUGAAUUCUUAUCCCAAAAUAGCACCACAGCCCUGCAAAAGAGAUCACUCCUUUGACCUAGAAGAAUGUCAGGAAACCACUUGCCAUAAACGACUCUGCACAGAAGCACCCAAGAUGGAGACUUCCCCCGUACGGAUGAGCACAGGGUUGCCUACUAGUCCUUUUGCCCACCUGCCAGUUAGCUUUAAGACCCCUCAGGAUUCCAACCAGCAAAGUUCUUCAGCUCUGGUGACAAGUGGAAAACCAUCAGCUCUUCCUGGUUUCCAUCGUGUUCCCAGUGACACUCAGAAAGUGCCAGGUUUGACUCCCCUUUUGCCUUUUGGGACUCUGCAUGCCACAAAGUGCUCUCACGAGAGCGAGAGCGCGUCACCGACUGCGAUGCAGCCUGCGGUGUGGAGCCCCUCAUUGAUACCAGAAGAGAUUUGCACUACCCCUGAGCUGCUCUUGCAACAGCAAAGCAAGUGCAGGCGCUUUCAGAAUACACUUGUUGUGCUGCGCAGGUCAGGAUUGCUGGAGAUCACGUUAAAAACCAAGGAGCUCAUUCAUCAGAACCAGGUGACUCAGGCCGAGCUGAAUCGGCUGAAGCACCAAACACAGCUUUUCAUAGAGGCAAUAAAGAACAAUGCUCCACAGUCAUGGGCAGAGCUAGAAGCAUCUCUCACAAGUUCUGAUAAAGCUGAUAGCAACCUUGAAGACCCCACUUACCCCAACAUGUAG